AUGAACAGUGAUCGAACUCACCAUGUUGCGUUUUCAGCUUAUCAGUCUAAAGCUAAAAGUUACAAACUACACGAAACAUGGAUCUUUGAUGAAGUUCUUUUAAAUGAAGGCAAUGCAUACAACAAGGCAACAGGCACAUUUAUAGCACCUUCUGGUGGAACAUAUGCCUUCACCUGGUCCACACUGACAUAUCCACGUAAAACAGCCCACCCUUACCUGAGAGUUAAUGGUCAUUACAAAGGAUUUACAGCAUUUAACAAUUCACACACUUCACAGAGUGUUUGGAGUAGCGGUUCGAACACGAUUUUUGUUCGUCUGAAGAAGGGAGACAGGGUCGAUUUGCUUCUGGGUACCUGGCAGCUUAUGCCAGAGAAAACUGGACUUCGUUCUCCGGCUGGAAGAUAUACUAAACUAUUCCUUUGUUCAUCUACAAUGCAUUCAGUGGAUAAUAUUCGAAUGACAUGCUAA